UUUAGUCGCGCUAUCUCUGGCACGUGACUAGCUGUCCAUUUAUAUCGCCCCGGAGCUUUUUACUUUUCCUUACGUGGCCGUAUAAUUAGCUGAGACGAGGCGAAUAAUCACGAUAAAGCGCCAAUCUUUCGGUUUAUUUUCGCUCUUAAUUUCAAUAGUCAUUCACUGAAUCAGCAAAAACCAUACAGUAUUAAGCGGCCAUUCCUGAGUUUCAGAACUUCUUUAGUUUAGUUACAGAAGUUUCUUGUUAAGAAUUAGAUUGUAUAUUCCUUUCACCGGAGUCUGAAUCUAGGUGAAGUAGUGAAUCAAGGAACAUGAAUAACACUAUAGGCCACAAAUUGUUGCAACAGAGUUUGGUUCGUCCUCCGGUUCUAGAACAUCGAAGCAAGCUUAAUUCUUCUGGCAUUCCUGCUAACUAUUUAUUCCAAUCUGCUCAAGGAGUGGCGCCACCGCAAAUACGGAGGUCGCCGAUUUCAUCGAGCUUUUAUGGAAAGAGUUUAAAAGUGCGGAAAUCAAAAUUAGCCGUUGCGACUCGUCCUGCUACGGUCACUCCACGUGCUGUGUUAGCUAUGGAUCCUGCAGCCGAGCUUGUAGGAAAAUUCAACCUUGAUGGAAAUGUUGAAUUGCAGGUUUCUGUUAACCAUCCUACUGUUGGUUCUCCCACACAAGUAAAUAUUCAGAUAAACUAUAGUAGUGACUCUUUACUCCUACACUGGGGUGGUAAACAUGACAGGAAGGAAAACUGGGUACUUCCCUCUUGUCGCCCAGAUGGAACCAAAAAUUACAAGAACAGAGCACUUAGGAGUCCUUUUGUCAAGUCGGGUCCCAAUUCUCACCUCAAAAUAGAUAUUGAAGAUCCUGAAAUACAAGGCUUAGAAUUUCUCAUAUUUGAUGAAGCCCGGAAUAAAUGGUUUAAGAAUAAUGGCAAGAACUUUCAUAUUAAGUUACCUACAAGAGAGAAUGUAAUGAUUCCAAACAUCUCGGUUCCAGAAGACCUUGUACAAGUUCAAGCAUAUCUGAGGUGGGAAAGAAAGGGUAAACAAAUGUAUACCCCUGAACAAGAGAAGCAAGAAUAUGAAGCUGCACGUGUUGAGCUAUUGGAGGAAGUAGCAAGGGGCAUUUCUGUUGAGGACCUUCGAGCAAGGCUGACCAACAAAAAUGAUAGAAAUGAAAUUAAGGAACCAUUAACAAAAAGUAAGAUACCUGAUGAUCUAGUACAGAUUCAAUCUUAUAUUAGAUGGGAAAAAGCUGGGAAACCCAAUUAUUCUCCAGAGCAGCAACAGAGGGAGUUUGAGGAAGCAAGACAAGAAUUGCAAAAAGAACUGGAAAGAGGUGUCUCUCUUGAUGACAUAAGGAAGAAGAUUACAAAAGGAGAAGUCCAGACCAAGGUUUCAAAGCAGCCGCUGCAAAAAGGAUAUUUUAGCACUGAAAGGAUUCAGCGUAAACAGAGGGACUUAGCACAGGUUAUCACCAAAUAUGCUACUACAUCUGCAGUGGAAGAAGUUUCAGUGGAACCAAAGGCCUUGACGGCAAUUGAGCUUUUUGCAAAGGCAAAGGAAGUACUUGAUGGUGGUGCUGUUCUGAACAAGAAGAUCUUCAAGCUUGGUGAUGCAGAACUUUUGGUACUUGUGACCAAGCCUGCUGGUAAGACAAAGGUUUAUGUUGCCACUGAUUUCAAAGAUCCAGUCACUCUUCACUGGGCUUUAUCUAGAAAGAGUGGAGAGUGGUUGGCACCACCGUCAAGUGUGUUGCCUCUUGGUUCAGUUGCUCUAGAUGACGCUGCUGAAACCCAACUUGCAAAUAUUUCUUCCGCUGAACUUCCUCACCAGCUCCAAUCCAUUGAAAUGGAGAUCGAAGAAGAUAUAUUUGUAGGGAUGCCUUUCGUGCUUUUGUCUAAUGGAAAUUGGAUAAAGAAUAGAAACUCAGACUUUUAUAUUGAAUUCCGCGGUGGAUCUAAGCCAGUCCAAAAGGUUCCUAUCAGUUUGGAUGCUGCUGAUGGAAAAGGUACAGCCAAAGUGCUGUUGGAUAAAAUUGCAGAGAUGGAGAGUGAGGCACAGAAGUCCUUCAUGCACCGAUUUAAUAUUGCAGCAGAUUUGAUGGAGACAGCAAAGGAUGCUGGUGAAUUGGGUCUUGCAGGGAUCUUAGUUUGGAUGAGGUUUAUGGCCACAAGGCAACUUAUUUGGAACAAAAACUACAAUGUCAAACCACGUGAGAUCAGUAAGGCACAGGAUAGGCUGACAGAUUUACUCCAGAAUAUUUACACAAGUCAGCCACAGUAUCGGGAGCUUUUGCGGAUGAUUCUGUCUACUGUUGGCAGAGGAGGUGAAGGUGAUGUGGGACAGCGUAUUCGGGAUGAAAUCCUGGUUAUCCAGAGAAACAAUGAUUGCAAAGGUGGAAUGAUGGAGGAAUGGCAUCAGAAGCUGCAUAAUAACACAAGUCCUGAUGAUGUCAUAAUCUGCCAGGCAUUAAUGGAUUACAUUAAAAGUGACUUAGACAUCAGUGUAUACUGGAAAACUUUGAAUGAAAAUGGAAUAACGAAAGAACGACUUUUAAGCUAUGAUCGUGCUAUCCAUUCUGAGCCGAACUUUAGAAGAGAUCAAAAGGAUGGUCUUUUGCGUGAUCUUGGAAAUUAUAUGAGAACUUUGAAGGCUGUACAUUCAGGUGCAGAUCUUGAGUCUGCUAUUGCAAAUUGUAUGGGCUACAGAGCUGAGGGUCAAGGGUUCAUGGUUGGAGUGCAGAUAAAUCCCAUUUCAGGCUUGCCAUCUGGAUUUCCAGAAUUGCUUCAGUUUGUUCUGAAACAUAUUGAAGAUAGAAAUGUUGAAGCACUUCUUGAGGGUUUGCUGGAAGCUCGUCAGGAGCUUAGGCCACUGCUGUUUAAGCCUAAGGAUCGCCUUAAGGAUCUUUUAUUUUUGGAUAUUGCUCUUGAUUCUGCUGUCAGGACAGCCAUCGAGAGAGGUUAUGAGGAAUUAAAUGAUGCAGGGCCAGAGAAAAUUAUGCAUUUCAUCACUCUGGUUCUUGAAAAUCUUGCACUUUCAUCGGAUAACAAUGAAGAUCUUAUCAAUUGCAUGAAGGGAUGGAAUCGUGCUUUAAGUAUGUCCAACAGUAAAAGUGAUCACUGGGCAUUGUAUGCGAAAUCAGUACUUGACAGAACUCGCCUUGCCCUAGCUAGCAAGGCUGAGUGGUAUCAGCAAGUUUUGCAACCCUCAGCAGAGUAUCUUGGAUCACGGCUUUGUGUGGACCAGUGGGCUGUGAACAUAUUCACAGAAGAAAUUAUUCGUGCUGGAUCAGCUGCGGCUUUGUCCUCACUUCUCAAUCGACUUGAUCCAGUUCUUCGGAAGACUGCUCAUCUUGGAAAUUGGCAGGUUAUUAGUCCAGUUGAAGCUGCUGGGUACGUUGUUGUUGUGGAUGAGUUACUCACAGUACAGAAUAAAUCUUAUGACCGCCCCACGAUUUUAGUGGCAAGACGAGUAACAGGAGAAGAAGAAAUUCCAGAUGGUGCAGUUGCAGUUCUGACACCAGACAUGCCAGAUGUCCUAUCCCAUGUUUCUGUGCGAGCAAGAAAUAGCAAGGUUUGCUUUGCCACAUGCUUUGAUCACAACAUUCUGGACAAAAUCCGUGCAAAUGAAGGGAAAUUGUUAUCCCUGAAACCCACAUCGGCAGAUGUAGUCUAUAGUGAACUAAAAGAGGGUGAGAUAGCAUCAAGUUCAACCAACUUGAAAGAAGUUGGUUCUUCACCUAUAAAGCUGGUCAAGAAGGAGUUCUGUGGCAGGUAUGCCAUAUCAUCUGAGGAGUUCACCAGUGAAAUGGUUGGUGCGAAAUCUCGCAAUAUCUCACAUCUAAAAGGAAAAGUCCCAUCAUGGAUUGGGAUUCCUACAUCGGUUGCAUUACCUUUUGGAGUUUUCGAGAAGGUUCUUUCAGAUGGUUCAAAUCAGGAAGUGGCUAAGAAGUUGCAACAGUUGAAGAAAAAGUUAGGAGAGGAAGACUUUAGUGCUCUUGCGGAGAUUCAUAAGACAGUUUUACAGCUAACAGCACCACCUCAGUUGGUGCAAGAGCUGAAGACAAAAAUGAAAAGUUCUGGCAUGCCUUGGCCUGGAGAUGAAGGUGAACAGCGGUGGCAGCAAGCAUGGAUGGCUAUAAAGAAGGUCUGGGCUUCGAAAUGGAAUGAGAGAGCAUACUUCAGCACAAGGAAAGUAAAGUUAGACCAUGAUUACCUCUGCAUGGCUGUCCUGGUACAGGAGAUAAUAAAUGCCGACUAUGCAUUUGUUAUCCACACAACCAAUCCAUCUUCAGGAGAUUCAUCAGAGAUAUAUGCUGAGGUAGUGAAGGGACUCGGGGAAACUCUAGUAGGAGCCUAUCCUGGUCGUGCUCUGAGUUUUGUCUGCAAGAAAAAAGAUCUGAACUCUCCUCAGUUAUCAGGUUAUCCAAGUAAACCCAUUGGCCUCUUUAUAAGACGUUCUAUCAUCUUCAGAUCUGACUCCAACGGUGAAGAUCUAGAAGGUUAUGCUGGUGCAGGCCUUUACGAUAGUGUUCCAAUGGAUGAAGAAGAACAAGUUGUGCUUGAUUACUCGACUGAUCCAUUGAUCACUGACGGCAACUUUCGACAAAAAAUACUCUCUGACAUUGCUCGUGCAGGAAGUGUAAUUGAGGAGCUCUAUGGAUCUCCACAAGACAUUGAAGGCGUGAUAAGGGAUGGUAAAUUAUAUGUGGUUCAGACAAGACCACAGAUGUAAUAUUCAUAUUUCUUUUCUUUUAUCUCCUUCGAAUUUUGCCCAAUUGGCAUAUUCCAUUUUAUAUAGAUGAGAAAAUCAUAGAGAGGACAACUGAUUAAAAAGAGAAGAUACGAAUAAGUUGCAAUUGAAAAAUAUUAAUAAUUUAUAAUUUAAUUUGUUUUUACAUUGGACUUUUCCAUUGCCGUGUUAUUAGAGCUUAGACGACCUUUUUAUUUA